AAUAAAGAACAGGAAGAGAAAGAGAGAGCGGCACCAUUUCGGACGCCCUUCGUGGACCUGCAGCCUCAGGUUCCAGUUCCUCUCGGUCCGCGGGCGACGGAGCCUUUCAUGGGCGAAGCGAAGGGCCAGCCGGGGCCGGCGGCUCGGGGGCCGGCGGCUCGGAGGCCGGACAACUCUGCCUUCAAGCAGCAGCGGCUCCCGGCCUGGUGCCCCAUGCUCACAGCCCCCACGGUGCUGCCCUUCUUCUACCUCACGGCGCUGGUGUGCGCGCUGCUGGGCGUCUGGCUGCUGCUGACCGUGCAGAGCACGCGGGAGGUCAAGCUGGACUACACGGAGGCCGGGACGUGUGCCGAGUGUUUUGAAAUGCGUCAGAACGUGAGCAACGCGGCGCUGCCCUGCCGCUGCUCGGUGACCUUUCACCUGGAGAAGGCCUUCAAGGGAGACGUCUUCUUCUACUACGGCCUGCAGAACUUCCAUCAGAACCUGCGCAGAUACAUGGACUCCAGAGAUGACGGGCAGCUGGUCGGGAGGAAGAGGAACCUACAGAACCCGAGUGCGUACUGCACGCCGUUCAGGACGGACCCGAAGGGACUCCCCGUCGCCCCCUGUGGCGCCGUGGCUAACAGCAUCUUCAACGACUCCUUCGCCCUGAGCUACCUCGGCUCCGGUGGUGCGGCGGAGGUUCCGGUGCCGCUGCUGCGUCAGGGCAUCACCUGGUACACGGACAAGCACGUCAAGUACCGCAACCCGAGCAGCGGCAACCUGACGCUGGCGCAGGUGUUUGAAGGGACGACGCGGCCGCGGUACUGGCAGAAGCCGGCGUACGAGCUGGAUCCGCUGGACCCGACCAACAACGGCUUCAUCAACGACGACCUGAUCGUCUGGAUGAGGGAGGCGGCCUUCCCCAACUUCAAGAAGCUCUACGGGGUUCUGUACCGGGCCCAGAAGCCCUUCACCAAGGGGCUGCCGUCGGGGAACUACAGCGUGAACAUCUCCUACAACUUCCCCGUGCAGUACUUCCGGGGCAGAAAGCAUGUGGUGCUGACCACGCUGACCUGGUUCGGGGGUCAGAACCACUUCCUGCCCGUCGCUUACCUCGUGACCAGCUGCCUGACCCUCAUCGCCGCCGUCGCCCUCACGGUGGCCUGGUGCAAGUUUGGGAAGGAUGGGAAGAACAUGGAGGAAUGAAGGGAGGAAGAUGGAGGAACAUGGUGAAAUGAAGGGAGGAAUAUGGAGGAAUAGAGGGAGGAAGAUGGGGGGAUGAAGGGAGGAAGAUGGGGGUAAGACGUGGUUGGGUUGCUGAGCGGGAGAAAAGAAGAAACUCACGCGUGGCUGAAAAGUGACAAAUGUAGAAUCUGUUUUUAACGAAUCUGAAGUGAUGAAGACUUUGAUACAAGUGAAUAUGAUGAAGACUUUGAAGUGAUGAAGGGUUUGAUUCAAGUGAAUAUGAUGAAGACUUUGAUACAAGUGAAUAUGAUGAAGACUUUGAUACAAGUGAUGAAGGGUUUGAUGAAUCAAGUUUGACAUUUAUAUAAAUGCUUCUCCAGCUCUAUGACACUAACAUCUUAUCGUGACGUUUCUGACGUCUUUACACGUCGAUUUCACUUGAACAUUUACUCUUUUAAAAAUACUUAAAUACACACCGUUUGUCAUGCACUGUUAAUAUUUAUUAACAUAAUGUAUUUAUUUUAAUUAUUACAUUAGGAAUUUACUAAAACUAUUCAGAGGUGUCUGAAGCCGUAUUUACUCCACUCCCGUCAGAGAAACGUCGUCAUGCCAACGUGUACGCUGUCAUUUAGAUUAACUUUAGUUUUUAUAUAAUUACAGCUCAAUAAUUAACUCGUGCAACAUCCUUUAUGAUGUAUGUUUAAUAACCGACGACCACGUGUACGAUCCGUUAUGAACGGCUGAAGAGUACAAUAAAACAUUUUCUUUUAAAACUC